AUGAAGAAAAAGAUGACGAAACGCGAUGCCAAUACUGACGCCUCAGUAAAGCAUCGGACCCUCUUGAAGGAGGGUGACUGGAUGGAUGUGCUGGAUGGUGACGGUGUGUGGAACGUGGCUCGCGUGAUAGGCGUUUUGUCAUGGAAAGAGGUGAAGAUUCAUUACGACGGCUGGCCAAACGACUAUGACGAGGUCGUGUCGAUUGAUAGCAACCGUGUGGCUCCAUAUCAUACGUUCACGUGGAGCGUGAAGUGCUGGGUCAAGUAUCUUAAUUGGCCACUGUGGCCCUCUCUGAUUACUAUUCGAACGCCCGGAACGGUUGCAGGCAUUAAUAAUCUUUCCAUCGAAGAUCGAGUCUAUGUCGACUUUUUGGACAAUACUACGUUUGGUAAGCGUGACAGGUGUUGGCAAAAGGUAUCACAAAUACGGGCUUUCGGCGACAAUUUCGACAGGAAGCCGGCGAAUUUCCCGACACGGGCGCAAGUUGAGAAAGCACUAGCACGGGUGUUACAAUCGGAAGCAUCUUCCAAGAUGCCUGAGUUUGCUACCGGUACUCUGCUUGGGAAAUACAAGUCCAGUCCGGCAAAAUGUGUCGAGACACUACGAAAGAGUAUGGGUGAUGAGCUAUGGUUUUCAGCAUUUUACUUAUAG